AUGACCUCUCUCCUCCUCCUCCUCCUCCUCCUCUUCCUCCUCCUCCCAUCCCUCAUCUUGAGAGCUUCGAGCCAUCGACUUUCACAGGAUGCGGAUGAAAGCUCCUUCUCUGUCGUCGUUCGGGCUUCAGAGAUGAUCCUUGCCAGCAUCGUACCUAGAGCAAGAUCACUGGUGUUCAACGUAUCUGAUGUGCACUUCCAGGCAGCAACUCCUGCAAUGCUGCGAUCAGCUCGGCUUGCGAUUCUUGAAUUGUCAAAUCUGUGGUAUGUCUCUCAAGCGACCAAUGACUGGCUGGCCCUGCAGCCCAGGGACACAACGACUGUGCCGGAGGUGGAGAGAAAGGAUCUGAAGAGGAUGGUCAACAUCUUGCAGCGCGAGGUAGAGAACACCGACAUCAUCCUGACUGGCCUCCGUCAAUCCAACCAAAAGGCUGUCGCGUCAGAGGAUGGUGUUCAGUUUGUCCUGCGUGCCAUGCUCGCCCACGACGCCAACUCGACUCUUCAGGAGGAGGAGAACAACAGGCAGUUCUUGAAGCUCAAGGGUGUGGACGCAAUUUUCGGCGCAGUGAAGAGCAACUUGGCCAACACGCGAUUUCUUGAGGCGCAUCAAAACGACGUCGAUCUCAUGAAAGAACUUCUCUUCCUGCUCUCAAACAUGGUGCAGACUGAAGAUGUUUGCGCCGAGCUCAUAGGGCACAACGCCAUCGAGUCGGUGGCGUCAGUGAUGGAGCUCAACAAGGAGGUCGCGGAAGUUCAGUCUCUCGGGUGCUCCUGCCUCUGUCACCUCUGCGGCCAUGAGAGCAGCAUGGGUGAACCCGAAGGGUUGAGAUGCCAGGAGGCUGACGGGGCUGCAGCGAGUCUCCUCACCGUCGACGACUCUGAAGGCCUCAGCAUUGUUGCUACCAUCAUCACAGCCCUGCAGCUCCACCCGACUGAUCCCCAACUGGUAAGAAGAGCAGCAAGCUUGUGCCUGGACUUGUGGGUCAGACGGGUGCGAGUUGAAUUUGAAGGAGAUAUCAUCGUCGCGCUGAUAGUGGGAGGAAGGAACAUGAUCAAGCUUGGAGAACAGGAGACGCAGGCACUCGUCCAUGGUGUGAGAGAGGAGGGAGGAGGGAGAGGAGAGAAGCGAGAAGCUGUCCUCAUGUUCUUGUUAGUCCUCAAAGCGUUGGAGUCGCUUGCCAAGUCAGUCAAGAAUCGGCGGAUAAUGAUGAGCUUGAAGGAGGAGUUUGUGAUGGCCAUGACGGAGGAGGAGGAGGAGGAGCAGGGGAGGAUAGUUCCCCUCUGCUUGGCUGUCUGUCAAAGCUCUUCCUGUCGAUCUGCGUCAGUCACCAACAGCGGGGCUCCUCUCCUUAUCGUCAUGGCGCUGAAACAUUUCAGUGAAGCUCAAGGAGACGUUCAGCCAGUCCUUCGACGGGUCGUGCAUGCGCUGAGGAUGGCAAGGAUCGAAGACCCAGGCACUGCUGGAGCCAUCCGCUUGGCAGGAGCGCCGGAGGCUCUGACGCGAGUGAUGGAGAGGCACAGGGAAAACCUGAUGCUGGUGAAGAAUGCGAGGGCAGCGUUGAGCGUGCUGGAGGAGCACCAGGUAGACUUGUAG